AUGAAUUCCGAUCUUGCGCUGCCGUAUUUCUUCAUAAAGACGUCCUUCUUUGGAAUCAAGUUAUGGGUUCUGAUCCUCGCUCUCGCUUCACUCCUCACUUGCCUGAUCCUCGCCGCCGCGCUCCUCUGCAUCUUCCACCUCCGCCGCCGCCGCCGAAAUUCCAAACUUAAGAAAAUCAACCCCAGUUUCAGUUCACAACAACACCUGAUUUCCUGGGGCGGCGGCGCUGCCUCCUCGUCGCUGGACAGGAGGCUUCUGUCGCAGCGCAUUAUUCCGGACGUUGAGAUGCAGACCAGUCCUCGUCAGGAUUGUGCGAUUUCUAUCCCAGGCGUCCUGGAAUCAGAUUCCAGGGCGCCCCGGCGGCGUAAUGCUCGGAAAGAAGGAGCUGGGUUCCUUUUGAGUUGGCCGGCGAUCGAAACGGCCACCGGCGGUUUCGCCGAUCACAACAUAGUCGGAGAUCAAGACGGGCUGAUUGUUUAUCUUGGGUUGCUGAAAAAUGCCAGAGUGGCAAUAGUUCAGCUACCCUCGAAAAGCUGCCAGGCUGAGAAAUUCAUGGCGGAAAUGGAUCUGAUUGGGCAGAUUAGGCACAAGAAUCUAGUCCAUUUGCUUGGAUACUGCGUUGAAGGAGAUCACAGAGCGAUUGUAAUGGAAUACGUGGAGAAUGGGAAUCUGCAUCAAUGGCUUCAUGAAUGCCCUAAAGAAGCCAGCCCUUUGAGCUGGGACCAAAGGAUGAACAUACUCCAGGGAGUAGCAAAAGGACUGGCAUACCUACACGAGGGUGUCGAACCACGGAUCAUCCACGGACACCUGAAAUCCACCAGCAUACUGCUCGAUCGCCAAUGGAAUGCCAAGAUCUCCGACCUCUGCAUCUCUAAGCUUCUGAGCCAAGAAUCGCAUUCGAUUGCAUUGUCAGGAUACCUGACUCCAGAAUUUGAUUCAACCUGCGUCAUGAUGAAUGAGCAGAGUGAUGUUUACAGCUUCGGGGUUCUUGUUACGGAGAUCAUUUGUGGUCGAAAUCCUGCUCCGGGAAGCUCGAUCGAGUGGCUGAAAUCCAUGAUAGCAGAUGGGAAGACAAUGUCUGUCUUGGAUCCGAAACUGCCUCAGAUGCCCUCUUCCAUAGCUCUGAAGCGGAUGCUUUUGGUGGCGCUUAGAUGUGUGGAUCCUGAGACCUGUCACAGGCCAAGUAUGGGUGAAGUGAUACAUAUGCUUGAGAGCAGUGACUUGCUGCUUGUUCGUGAGCGUCAGAUUGUUGAGAGUGUUGAAAGCUUGGAUGAAGAGCAAAGAGGUAGUGUUUCAGAAAGCUCUGCAGGAGGAUAAUGACGUCUAUUUUGCUGGUUGAUGCAAUUUCAGGGUGGAGUUUAACCCCAUGGGGUUUUUUUUUUCUUUUUUCUUCAUGGGCUAACCCUGUCAAUAUAUAUGCAAGAAGAAUAUUCUUCUUUGAGUAAUAUAGAUG